GCGUGAACGUGCCGAGACGUUGCCUUCACUCAUCCGGUGUACCGGAACGAACACAUAGUUUGCGGUUGUUUUUUUCUCAGCCUUAAGCUAUGGAGAUAUUAAACGGGCAUAUUCGCGGUCUAUUGUCCCUCGUUGUUAGUGUAUGACCUGCUGGUGAAGGACUGACAGGCGGCUCUCUUUUUGUUGUGUGGCACGUGAAGGAGACCGGAGACUGAGGCGUGUUCACGGUCCGCGGGUGUUCCCGGAGAAAGAAGAGAGCGGAGAAGAGAGGGUUUUCUUUUCGUCUGAUGUCGCCCGUGGAUGUGACUUUCUCUUCGCUCGGGUUCAGCAGGACAUGACGGAGGAGCGCUGCCGCUGGGUUUUAUGGGGCUCUUCCUAGCUGUUGAAUGGCAAGAUGAACAAUGACUGGCGGGCCCAAUAGUUUUGUUAGGAUGCCGUUACGCGAAUGUCAGUUUUUUUGUUUUUAAACCCCACCUAAAAAAAAACGUGUGGACAGCGAAUGCAAUUUUAUUUUUGUGGCGCGAGCGCUAACGUCUGUGGAACCCGGCAGAGGGAGGAUCAGUUCAGGCGCGGCCAGGCGAACCAACAAUGCAGGAUUAACGCUACCUCUUGACUAUUUUGCCUUUGUGUCAAUACAGACUGGUUUGUGUAAAGUUUGAGAAAACACCCGCCGGACCGAUACCCGGACCUUUUCGACAGCCGUCUCGUUUCCGUUGUCUUGGGAGGGAGACGAGACGUUGACGUGCGAAACGAGACCCACAUGUGCGCAGAUUGCCCGUGAAACGGCAAACUGGCUGACAACAGAGCAACGGGGACGAUGGCGAACGACUCUAUACAAAGUGACCCAGGUGUGCUGUCGGUUCUGGAGCAGCUCGACCUAGACCAGAACUCAGAUUUCUCCGAUUCCAGUGUGCAGCAGCUUCUUGACGAGCAUCGCGAAAAGAUCCGCAGAGAGAUUCGUAGGGAGCUGAAAAUCAAGGAGGGAGCCGAGAACCUGCGGAGGGCGACGACUGACAAAAGGAACGCACAGCAGGUGGAAAGCCAGUUGCGUUCGUCCAACCGCAAGCUGGACAACCUGCAUGCUCAGCUGCAAGAACUGGACGCUCACAUUGUGGUGAAGGGAGGAGAGGAGAACAAAGAUGAGUGUCCUCAGUCUCCCGGGGCGGAGAGUCGUACGUCAGCCCACAAGCAACGCAUUGCUGCCCUGGAGAGACAGCUCAAAAUCGAGCUCAAAGUUAAGCAGGGAGUUGAAAACAUGAUCCCCAUCUACGCUAAUGGAUCCACUAAGGAUAAGAAGAUGCUGCAGACGGCGCAGCAGAUACAGCAGGACAGUAAGACCAAAAUUGACAUCAUCCGCAUGCAAAUCCGCAAAGCUGUGCAGGCCACCGAGCACACUGAUGACACGCAGGGUAACCAGGACGUCUGUGGGAUGGAGCUGCGUGUUGAAGAGCUGAGGCAUCACUACAGAGUAGAGCAUGCGGUUGCUGAGGGGGCCAAAAAUGUGCUGAGGCUCCUGGGGGCCAGCAAGGUCCAGGACAAGAAAGCCCUCUCUGAGGCGCAGUCUCGUCUGAGCGAGGCGUCUCAGCGCCUCGACCUGCUGAGGGACUCUCUGGACCAUCGUCUGGAGGAGCUGCCCGAGGACCACCCCAAGGCCAGUAUCAUCAGAGAGGAGCUAGCCCAGGCCUCCUCCCCGGUCUUCAACGCUCGCCAUGGCGCCCCCUACCACCACAACCAGUACAGCACGCUCAACAAGCCCUCGCCUCUCACUGGUAGCUUACAGGUGCAGGUGCUGGGCUGCAUGGGGUUGUUGGAGGUGGUCCCAGGUCGCAACAAAGGCACAGCUGUCAUGCUGCCCUGCAACAGCCCCGGAGACACCCGGUCCUUCAUGAGAGGCAGCAAGGGACUCUACGGCCGGAGCGGCUCGGUCAGCGGGAAGACGCCCAGCAAGACAGACGAGCUCUCGUCUGAGGUGAGUGCUGUGCUGAAGCUGGAUAACACUGUGGUGGGCCAGACACCCUGGAGGACUGUGGGAGAGCAGGCUUGGGAUCAGACCUUCACUGUGGAGCUGGAAAGGUCGAGGGAGAUGGAGAUUGCAGUCUACUGGAAGGACUACCGCUCGUUGUGUGCUCUGAAGUACCUGAAGCUGGAGGAGUUCCUGGACAACCAGAAACACAGAGUUCAGCUGGAGCUGGAGCCUCAGGGCCUGCUGCUGGCCGAGGUGACCUUCUUCAAUCCGGUCAUUGAAAGAGUUCCUCGUCUCCGGAGGCAGAAGAAGGUCUUUUCUAAGCAGCAAGGUAAGGCAUUCCUUCGAGCUCGUCAGAUGAACGUGGAUAUCGGGACGUGGGUGAGGCUGCUUCGAAACGCCAUUCCCACUGUCAACAACUCAGGAACCUACAGUCCCAAUGCACAGAACUCAACACUCAACGCCGGGGAGGUCUCGGUGGAGAAGUUGAGUUUGGACAGCGACUCUCCGAUAAGAGGCGAUUACAAGAAAGACGCGGACACACACACCCCGCUGAGACAGACGGAGGGAGAGGAAGCCCAGGAAAUGGGGGAGGACCACCUGCCCGUCAUCGAGCCCUUCUCCCCCCCAGACCUCACCCCCGAGUGCCCUGUCCGAUCCUCAUCUGUUGGCAGUAAACAGAGGAAAGGUCCUCUUUCCCUCCAGGACUUCCGGCUGAUUGCUGUGUUGGGCAGAGGACACUUUGGGAAGGUGUUGUUGUCCGAGUACAAGAAGACGGGCACGAUGUUUGCCAUCAAAGCGCUGAAGAAAGGAGAUAUCGUUGCUCGGGAUGAGGUGGAAAGUCUAAUGUGCGAGAAGCGCAUCUUUGAGGUCGUGAACCUGUCGCACCAUCCCUUCCUGGUCAACCUGUUUGCGUGCUUCCAGACUCCGGAGCACGUGUGUUUUGUUAUGGAGUACACAGCAGGAGGCGACCUGAUGAUGCACAUCCACACAAACGUCUUCACGGAGCCGCGAGCCGUGUUUUAUGCGGCCUGCGUAGUUCUUGGACUUCAGUUCCUCCACGACCACAAGAUUGUGUACAGAGACCUCAAACUCGACAAUCUGCUGCUAGACACCGACGGUUAUGUGAAGAUCGCUGACUUUGGACUGUGUAAAGAAGGAAUGGGCUUUGGGGACCGGACCAGUACCUUCUGUGGGACUCCAGAGUUCUUGGCCCCAGAGGUCCUAACGGAUGCAUCCUACACUCGGGCAGUAGACUGGUGGGGGCUGGGGGUCCUCAUCUACGAAAUGUUGGUGGGAGAGUCUCCAUUCCCAGGAGAUGAUGAAGAGGAGGUGUUUGACAGCAUUGUGAACGAUGAAGUCCGCUAUCCACGCUUCCUGUCCACUGAGGCUAUCGGCAUCAUGAGGAGGCUGUUAAGGAGGAACCCGGAGAGAAGACUUGGAUCUGGUGAAAAGGAUGCAGAAGAAGUGAAGAAGCAGCCAUUUUUCAGAAACGUGGACUGGGAGGCGUUGCUGCAAAGGAAGGCGCCUCCUCCCUUCAUCCCCUCCAUCGUCGGCAAGGAAGACGUCAGCAACUUCGACGAGGAGUUCACCACCGAAGCGCCGGCGCUCACGCCGCCACGUGAGCGCCGCGUGCUCUCCCGCAAAGACCAGGACGGCUUCCGGGACUUUGACUACGUCUCUGACCUCUGCUAGUGGACCGGGGGCUCACGGACCCGAGAGGAUUGAAAAGCCUCGAGGCGGUUUUCAUCCGAGCGGAGCGACGGUCUCAACCGACUGUCCGCUGGCUGUGUGUCUGCUGUCGAUUUUACACUGUGAAUGAAUGCGGAGAAACCAGAGGCAGUCGUUUUCGUGUCAGUACGUCUCUGUGUGUGUGUGUGCGUGUGCAUGUGUGUGUCUGUGGGGUUUUAAAGAUGGAGGACUGAGAAAAUGAAAGCACGGCCGGAGAGCAUGACGGGGUGAAAUGUUGAAAAAACGAAGGCCCCCCCCCCCCCAAUCAUUGUACAACACACCAGGGACGUGUGUGUCUUUACAAACAUUAGCCUUUAAAAUGCCUCCUCGUCUUAUGUGUCUGUGAAUUCAUGAGCAGCUGUGAGAGGAGAUGUUAAAUGUUUUGGGGGUGGGGGAGAUGUUUCAAGGCCGCUCAUACUAAUGCCUUACAUUUGUAUUUGAUCCACAGAAAAGUGUGUUGUUUGUUAUUGUGUGGCCCUUUGUAUCCAGCAGCAGGACGAGGGACCCGAUGCAGGAAAACAGGAGCGUGGAAACGGUGACGUCACAUUCCGAGUGAAUUUGUACUCUAAGCUUUCCCAGCAGUCGGUGUUGAUUAUGACACAGAUUAUAAAUUACCUAUGGGGUAAAAAAAAAAACCACUUUCUUACUUAUCUUUGGACCUUUAGAAACUACUUUUUUUAAAUCUGUGCUGCUCUGAUUUUAAUUUGAGCCACAAGCGUUAAGUCCUGUUUUAUGGCGGUCGCAUUAUUCGAUGCCCACCACAGUCUUUGAAUUGGAUAUCUGGGCGCGACACAUAGUUUGAUAUAAAACAGGUGUAGCCGACACAGAAUCACAAACAUCAGCAUAAAAGCGACAUGGCAAGCAGGUUAUGGUAUUUUAUCAUUGGGAGGGGGAGAAAAAAACACUAAAGACGUGAUGUAGGAUUAACAUUAUGGUGUCUGAUUGAGACGCGUUCAUCUAGUUAUCGUCAUGCUUGGAGUUUUGUGAACAUUAAGUAAGUAAUUUCCCUCCAAGACACUUUUUCUAUCUGACUUCAAACUCAACAAACGCUGGCUCUAAUGUGUUUAAGUAUCUGUUUUAAGGAUUAAAGCACCAGCAGCUUCCAUCACAGAGAUGAAUUUGUCUUUGUUUCAGCUGAAACGGAUUGAUGUGGUAGUUAUUCAAUCUGAGUGAAGUCCCAAACGGAGCUUGCUGCAGUGACGGCGGCUUUAGAUCCCAGCGAAAAGUUAUGUUGGCAAUACAUUUCUAAUAGGACAAUAUCAUUUGAAACCGGAUGCUCAAUGUUGGAAAAUAUGAGCCAGUAGAAAUAAACUUCUGUCCGACUUCAACAUCUGAGUGCAGGAGAGGUUUGUCGUCAAGCUGUAUGUAUGAGUGUGGAUUUUACUUAUCUUGUGUAUGACAAUACAAAACCCUGUGAGAGAUGACUUAUUUUAUAAAGAAAACCUGGAGUGAA